GUGUGUGCGUGUGGUUGGCUUCUCUGGGCGUUAAUGUCUUUGUGGUGCUGUCUCCCUCUCUCUCUCUUUCUCUUUCUCUUUCUCACUCUCUCUCUCUCUCUUUCUCUCUCUCCGCUGCAGUGGGGGAGUUUAUUCAGCCGCUCACACGAGGGGACGAGACAUCAGCAACCUCACCUCACCUGCCUGCUCUCCCUCUCGUCUCCUCAAUCAGAGAAAUGCCGCUGUAACCCGGACCGGACUUUUAUGUGUCAGCUGCAGGAACUUAUACAGUUUGGUGCCUCUUUUCAAAUAACCACUCCUUAAGGAUUUGGGGAUUUUGGGGAACAAGAAAAGCCAGCAUGGAUUACUCAAAUCCCAGCCAAACAAAAGGAUUCCGCACUCUUGGGAGGAACAAGCGAGAAAAAGAGGGAUGAUACGCCGACUUUAUAAUGUCCUGUCUUUUCUCGCCCCACAACUUGAAGGGUAUUACCAGGGUGUGUUGAUGCUGCAUGCUGUCUAGUUGAGAGAAUGCUUUUGAGACUGUUGCAUUGUUUUUGUCUCACUUUUUAUCCCAUUCUCUUAAAAUCUUUCCUUUUUACUUCUUAACUCUCCUAAUAAACUCUUUGAAGCGAUUGUAAGUGAGUGUCUACGCAACAGACUGUUUUAUUUGCAUGACCGCUCAUGUUAACGCUUGACCCUCUGUUUAUGUGGGUGUACUAGGGCGACGCCUGUAUGUGUGUCGGAGCGCUCGGGGUCUGUCUAGCACGUUACUGCAGCGUGAAUGACUAGCCUGAAAUCUCAAACAGCGGGGUGCGUGAAACAGCAUGACCGCCUUUGACAGUUUAAUGAGGUUAAAGCUUUCGCUGUUGUCGAGGUAGGAUUGAAACCCUGUUUUGUUCAAAGUUGGCAUGUGGAUCAAGUGAGGAUAAAUAGGAGUUGUAGUUAAAUAUUGGGAGGUACUCAAGUAGAAAUGUUGUUACAACGUUUUGCAUGUUGGAGCGGAACGUUGAUUUUUCCUCAGAAACUCAGUGUGAAUAAAGUGUGAGGGAAGUACGCAGAAACAAAGAAAGAAAGGCGGAAAAGGUUCAACAAAAUAGAUAGCGUUAGAUGGCACAAGCUUAAAUUAGGUAAAGUUGUUGUGAAUCUGUUUCAUCUUGAAGGAUCUUGAAGACUGCUGCCUCAUAUUCGAUGAAGAUUUAUACCCACCUUCACACAGCUUGCCUUUCAAUUCUCCUCUGCAGCAAUGUGUGCCAGUAGGAUGACACCUAGAUAGCACAAAGCGGUGGUUUUAACACAACGGACAUUGAAACAUUUCUAAAAGCAAAUGCCUGAUGAUUAUGUUUCACAAACCACUGAGCACCAAAGGCGUCCAACUGGUACCUUAUUAAGAGAGAUAUGGAUUUCUUUGUGACAGAGCACCACUGACCACUAUUAAGGGCUUGUGUUAUUUAAUUGAAUUUUCUUUUAUUGAUCUAAAUAAUAGUAGCAUUUCAGUCUUGAGGCAUUGGGAUAAUGACUGCUUUUGUAUGCAAACAUGGUUUUUCAAGAACGAAGUAAAAGUUUAUGUUCAGUUCCAUGCGAAGUUGCUUUGCCAGCUGCUAUUCAUCCAUAUUUUUUGCUCACAGACAACUUCUGUAUUGAGUCAUGUUUGUAUCCUGAGCGUGUUUGGUCUAAUUGUCUAGAAUCGUGACUUGUGCAGAUGGGAGGCCAGUCAGACAACGCUGUUUGCUGUCAUUUAAGCAGAUGUAGCUAGGAGUGUGUGGGAUUCAAUUUCCCUCAAGCAUCUUUUUAUGCACAUUGACCCUCUAACCUUACGGUUUUAUGUGCUAUCCUUUUUGCCAAUUUAUUCAGCAUGCAACAUGAGCAUGUUCAUGUUUGUUGAAUGCGACUAUUUACACAGUUUAGAGUGUUUGAAAGGCGAGAUAGACAAACAACACCCAUGUGAAGUGCGGAAGGUGAUAACAGACAGGUUCGGAGAAGAUGGAGAUAUUGGAACCGUUUUCGCAGUAAAUAGAAAGUAGAAGCAGGUGUAGAAGAAGCUGUUGAAUGAUUCUGUAUGGAUGUGGAAAAGUGAAAAGUCAAACUCUUCUUUGAGAUCCACGGCAGAUGAACGAGAAAGAAACCUGGUCACUUUUUAUGAUUAAGGGUGAGAAACAGCGAAAGGACAGUCUGGAAGAGAAUCUGAUGCCACAGUCAAGAGCAUGAAAAAUUGUUGCACAGAGAACAUUUAGCGAUUCAAAAUGAAAAUGGUAUGUCACAUAAAUUGAUUCUUAAUCAACGCAAACACUAUGACACUGCUCUGGAAAUAAACUGAGAGGACUGAUGCAAGGACAAAACUGGUGGUCAAAGGACGCCAAAUGAUCACUCAUUUCGUCGAACAGUAAUUUACUUGCUUUACCUGGAACCUGCUGCAUUUACGGCCUCUCUUGGAUGAAUAUGAUUGCCCGUCCAAUCACCCAUAAAUCCUUCCCUCACUUCAGAAUGAAACACUGAACACAACACAAGCCUUUACAUGCAGCAUUUACUGAUUUGGGAAUAAUAUGGCUGCAGUCCCAGUAAAAGCGCUGGAGAAAGUGGCUUUGAUGAAGUCGUGAGUGUGGCAGCGAGCCGUAAUUUCAUGCCGGUUUCCUGAAUUAAGCACAUUAGUGAGGGGCUGCGAGUGUGGCACAGCAUUACAUUUUAAGCACAAAUGGACUUCACAGUGCACAACAGACCUGAGAUGUGACUUUUUGUACCAUCAAAAAACAUUAGUUUCAUUUGAACAGGUUUUUUGCAUUUAAAACUUUUUUUAAAAACGGCAGCUGAAAAGCUAGUUAAUGGACUCCAGCACAAAGACCUACACGUGUACCGUCUCUGAGUGUUAAACUGGAGUAUACCCAGAAAACUAGAAACGAUUCAGCACAGGAGUGUAAAGUGGGAACUGAACAACCGUGACAUCUGCCCAGGGAGAUCUAGUGUAUGAUACUGUUUCUCAACUAGCACAACUCUUCCUUUGCGGAAAAGACAGACAGCUAUUGUUGGACUGAAGGAUUUGGGGCCGUCAGAAUGGGUUGCAACAUGUGCGUGGUGCAGAAGCCUGAGGAGCAAUACCGGGUCAUGUUCCAGAAGAGACAGAUAAACAGCAUGCUGUGUUCCAUUAACGGGGAAGUUGGAUUUAAGGUGAACAGUAAAGGUUUAGCUCACCACUCUCGGGAUCAGAAUCUACAUGCGCUGCACUGCAGGCGUAACAUGAGGUGGAGUCAGAGGAGGAAAGUAGGUGUGCCCGGAGUUGCUGGUACCACGAUCGUAAUGACUGACUGUGUAGACAGCGGGACACAGACAGAUAUCAGUUUCCAGCACAUGGUGACGUUAGGCAGACCUGUCCAUCACAACAGACCAGAAUCACCUCCUUCACCUCCACUUCCACCCGUGCCUGAACCCUACCUCUUCAACCAGCUACCACCUCUAGACCACAUGUACUACGACCCAACAGAUUAUUUUGACAUUAGUCAACAUGAGGUGGACAGACAGGAUGAUCUGGAGUAUGAGGAGGUGGAACUGUAUAAAUCUUGCCAGCAAGAUAAACUAGGUUUAACGGUGUGUUAUCGCACAGAUGAUGAAGAGGAUCUGGGGAUCUACGUGGGUGAGGUGAACCCCAAUAGCAUUGCUGCUAAAGAUGGGAGAAUCCGCGAGGGAGACCGAAUACUACAGAUAAAUGGCAUGGAUGUUCAGAACAGAGAGGAAGCCGUAGCCAUCCUUACCAGAGAGGACAGCACCAAUUUUUCUCUACUGUUGGCUCGACCCGACGUUGAGAACGAGGCAGAUGAUCUGGAUUUGGAGUUGGAUGUGGGCCUGGAUCUGGAGGAUUUGGACAAUGCCUCUAACUUACCCAGCCCUCAGCAUCAUAGGAAACCUAGCUCCUUGCUGAGUGACAUCAGCGGGAUCCGAGGCGGUCGGCCCAACCUGUGGCAAACUGCACUCAAUAACAGCCAGGAGUUGGACAGUGGGGUGGGUCGCACUGAUGAAAGCACACGUUGCGAGGAGUCCUCCGAGCACGACCUCCUGGCUGAUGAUGCUACCAGCGCGUGCACGACUAAUGCCACCAACACACCCGGCAGCAUGCGCAAGUUCCUCGCUGCUCAACACGGAUGGGAAUUCCAUUACAGUAAUGACUCACUACUGGGGACAGAUGGGGUGGGAGCCGCAGACCACGGUGCUCCUGAAACACAAGGGUCAGGGACAAGCCGAGUUCUGAUGCCAGGGCUUACAGAGGAGGAAUACGAACGUUACCGUGAGCUGCUGGAGAUCCGGUGCCUUUACGAGAAGAACGGAAAUGCGCUUCUUUAUUUCGACAGGAAGGACCAUGGUGCGGGAGGUGAUACUGCAGUAGGUGGUGCUCCUGUAGACAUGAACUGCAAUGAGAAUUUGAUGCAGCAUGAAAUUGCUCUUCUGGAGGAGGAAAUUCGACAUCUGGAGUUCAAGUGGCGCAACGUUUUGCGGGCUCAAAAGAUGCAGCAGUUGCGACAACGCUGUCUAAAGGUCUGGCCAGCUGACGAAGAGGACGAUGAAGAUAAAGGAGCCAAGUCAAGGUGUGGGGUUGCAGAGGCGCUCCACCAUGAGCUGUCAGAUAUCAACGAGAUCCCAGAAAGGGAACGCUCUGACAAGGAGAGUACAAGUGCUUACAAUACCGGUGGGGAAAGUUGCAGGAGCACACCUCUGGCAAGUGAACGGCACCCUGGAGAUUCCAGUGCCUCUGCAACUAUGAGACCUCGGGCACCACGUCACAGAACGGGUUCAAGUAGGGAUAAGAAUCUAAACCUGCCUUCUUCAUCAGAGGCCAAGAGAAAGAACGAAGAACAAGGAGACAGCAGGAACUCCAGUCCAGCAACAAGAGUUCGGUCAUUAUCUCGGAACGGCGGCAACAGUAAGAAAGGCUUGGAUGGGGCACGACGAGGGUCCCAAGGGACUCUAUCUUCUGGGAUAGUCAAAGGAGGAAGGAGUGCAGAGAACAGUCCAUACCUGUCCCGUCGCCGCUGUGGAAGCACAUUGCCUCCACGUUACCAGAGCUGCAUGCAAUUGAGGGAUAUUUCUACCAAUGACAGCCCAGACAUUAAGGACACUAACGUAGAGGUCACUGCUAACCCGACUAGUGUAAAUAGAGACUCGGCAGCUGCCCCUGCAACUUCUCUGAGUGGACCACCGCUUCCUCCAGCUUCACCUCGAAUGGAGUGGAAGGUAAAAAUCCGCAGCGAUGGUUCUCGUUACGUGGCUAAACGUCCAGUAAGAGAUCGUUUACUAAAAGCCAGAGCCAUGAAGAUUCGGGAGGAGCGUAGCGGGAUGACCACGGAUGAUGAUGCGGUGAGUGAAAUGAAGAUGGGGCGGUACUGGAGCAAAGAGGAACGCAAGCAGCAGCUGCUGAGAGCUCGUGAGCAACGCCGCCGCCGCGAGUUUAUGAUGCAAAGCCGACUGGACUUCUUGAGGGAGAGAGAGAGGGAGCAAGAUUACGGAGCGCAGGGACAAGCUUCAAUACUUGAGCUCAGCCAAAAGAAGAGCAUGAAGAAACGAAGCCGCCGUAUUUUGGACAACUGGAUCACCAUUCAGGAACUCCUGGCUCACGGGACCCGUUCAGUAGAUGGAAAGAAAGUGUACAACCCUUUGCUAUCUGUGACCACAGUUUGACAAGUGAAGCUGGAGUUUUAACAUACAUCUGAAGGAAGCAGGCAGAACUAAAUGAGAGAAUAAAGGAUAGAGAACUUUAAAUGAAGAACAAAAAAGAAUUUGAUUUGGCGGUCCAUUCAGGAAACAAUUAAGAUGUAAAUGUACCUUCCAAAACGGAAAAAAGGUGCAAUGCCAAAUGAAUGUGAACUUUUAAGUUGUAAAUUGCUUGAAAUGUCAUAAUCACAUGCACAUGCAGACUAUUACAAAGUGAAAAGAAGGCAGUUCUGACUUUGGUUUGUAAUCAUAAUUUAAUCUUUUAACAUUUGUACAUGAGGGGGGGGAACAGACAAAAAACAAAUUGUAUUUUGAUCUCAUGAUGGUGAAGAACCUAAAAGCAGGUUGACUAACUGGAAAAUAUAAGGUGGUCAAAACAGUCAAUAACUGUUACUUUUCAUAACUACCUUGAGCUGAUCUAAAGCACAUUACUUAUUGAAGAACCAAAAAGCACACAGAUAACGAAAAUACACAAAAGUUCCAGCACACAAACAUAGGCACAGUGAAUGUUCAUGUCAAACAAUGACAUUGGCCAAAAAAAUCGGAUGCAAUGAUUGUAUAUUUUUGGGAUACAUUGGACAUUUUUAUCAUUACUGAAUUAUGACCAGCUUGCGAAAUCCCAUUUGCAGAAAUUUCUUUGAUAUUGUAAAAAUGUGCAUGUUGUUUGUAAACGUUUAACCAUUGUUGAGUGAAACUGUCGAGUGAAAAUGUUGCAGUGUUGUCUAUAAUAAUUGUAUACAGGACACUAAUAUAUUGUGUCCAAAUCUUCAUAACAUGUUGCAGGUAUAAAAGGACAGGAUGUUCUCCAAAAUGUUUUUGAAUAAAACUUUUGCAACGUAAGCACUGAAUGCUUUACUUUCAUACUUUCACAAAUCAAAAGUUCGCACUCACUGUAUAUUUUACUGAUGUAAUACUUUACAGCAACAUAACAGAAAAACUGUCAAAUUGUAAAA